UGAAACCUCUUCUUUUUCUUUGUCUUUAUAGCACCCGAACCCUUCCUUCCUCUAACUUUUCCCACUCUUCAAGCCCUCCUUGAAAUCGUUAUCUAUUUCCUUCUAACAUUUUCUUUCACUUUCCCGAGAAAAUUACUUUCCUCACCGGAACCAAUGCCGGUCACCGGCGAAGCCGACGACAACAACAAAAACAACUCUAUAACUCACAUUCUUUCCUCAAAAACACCGUUGUUCAACCUUAAACUCUACGUAGUAAUAUCUAUUCUCGUAGUCUUGAUACUUCUCCUUUCUUUCACAAUCUUCCUAUGUUUCCGUUUAAACAGAAACGCGCGCAAGCGGAAAGUGAAGCACAGCUCAGGUCUAAUUCCGUUGGUUUCCAAGGAGAUCGUGGAGAUCAAGGCGUUGGAACAAGAUGUAGAAUGCUUUACUGAUGAGGGGAAAAUAGGAAAUGUGGCUCCGAAGAAGAGUAGCGAGGGCGUUAGCGAUGAUGCCUCGGGAGCCAGUGACGUGUCGGCGGAUGUUCAGAAUAUCGGCUGGGGUCGGUGGUAUAGCAUGAAGGAGCUCCAGAUGGCGACACAUGGAUUCGCCGAGGAGAAUGUGAUCGGUGAAGGUGGAUACGGCGUCGUGUUCAGAGGCAUUUUGCAAGACGGUUCCGUCGUUGCUGUCAAAAAUCUGCUUAAUAACAAGGGCCAAGCAGACAAGGAGUUCAGCGUGGAAGUUGAAGCCAUUGGCAAGGUGAGGCACAAGAACUUGGUGGGUCUAGUUGGGUACUGUGCGGAAGGUGCUCAAAGGAUGCUUGUGUAUGAAUACGUUGACAAUGGGAACUUGGAGCAAUGGUUGCAUGGUGAUGUGGGGCCUGUUAGUCCUCUUACGUGGGAUAUAAGAAUGAAGAUUGCGAUAGGAACGGCCAAAGGGUUAGCCUAUUUGCAUGAGGGGCUAGAACCUAAAGUCGUGCAUCGUGAUGUAAAAUCAAGUAAUAUUCUUCUGGAUAAAAAGUGGAACCCAAAAGUAUCAGAUUUUGGAUUAGCCAAACUCUUAGGAUCCGAAGCUAGCUAUGUCACUACACGUGUAAUGGGAACAUUUGGUUAUGUUUCCCCGGAAUAUGCAAGCACAGGAAUGCUUAAUGAGGGAAGUGAUGUCUAUAGUUUUGGAGUCCUACUCAUGGAGAUAAUUACAGGGAGAAGCCCCAUCAAUUAUUCUAGGCCACCUGGAGAGAUGAACUUGGUUGAUUGGUUCAAAGGUAUGGUAGCAAGUCGUCGUGGAGAAGAGCUUGUGGAUCCAUUGAUUGAAGUUCAACCUGCUCCUAGAGCUUUAAAACGAGCACUGCUUGUUUGUCUCCGCUGUAUAGAUUUGGAUGCCAAUAAGCGACCAAAAAUGGGGCAGAUUGUUCAUAUGCUUGAGGCAGAUGAUUUUCCUUUCCGCUCUGAGCACCAGCCAAUGCGGGAGAGAGAUACAGUUCCGUCUUCUGUGCCAAUGUCUGUGAAAGGUGCACACCCAAUAAAGCAUGCUGAGAAUGUUGGUGUAGAGAAAUCAAGAUGGAGAUAAUUGUUGUUUGUUCAAGGCAUUAUGGUUCCUGAGGUCAGAUUAUGUUUUAGAAUAACGUUUACCUUAGUUCACAUGAAAAGAUUAUACGCCUUGAAUGUGCAUAUAUACAUAUAAUUUUCCUUGGUUACUUUUUGUCGAUACACUGCGGCAUUUUGGAUUUCAAUGAGCCUUGUAAAUAUGUACUUGUCUUUUAACAUUAAUCUAUACAGUCUGUUAAGGAUGUCAAUCUCUCUAUUUAUAUUGAUUAAACCUUGAUAUACUUUGUA